CCCGCCCCCGCCCCGCCCCCGCCGCUCUCGGGGCUCUCGCGCUCGCAGCGGGGCCGUUCCGGUGCCGGUGCCGGUCCCGGCCCCCCCCCCCCCUCCCCCCGGGCCGAGCUGUGGCCGGUUCCGGGCUCGGAGCGGGGCAGCGGCCACCCCCCUCCCGGAGCGCGGCCGGGGCGGGAGCAUGCGGAGCCUCCUCAUCCUCCUCUGCCUGCUCAGCGCCGCCGGGACCCGCGGGCAAGCGCUGCAGACGCGCUUCGUGGAGGAGCCCGAGGACCAGACCGUGGUGGCCGGGCACAGAAUCGUCCUCUCCUGCGUGGUGCUCAACUACUCCGGCAUCGUGCAAUGGACCAAGGACGGCCUCGCCCUGGGCAUGGGCCAGGGGCUCAAAGAGCCUGCUCCCAGCUCCCCGUGCACUGAUCCCGGCUGCGGAGGGGCUCGAGGCACGGGCCCCAGCAGCGAAGCAUGGGCCUGGCCCCGGUACCGCAUCGUGGGCACGGCGGACUCGGGCCAGUACAACCUGGAGAUCAGCGAGGCCGAGCUCUCCGAUGAUGCCGUGUACGAGUGCCAGGCCACCGAGGCCGCGCUGCGCUCCCGCCGCGCCAAGCUCACCGUGCUCAUCCCCCCUGAGGACCCCACCAUCGAUGGAGCCCCCGAGAUCCUGCUCCGUGCGGGGACCCCCUACAACCUGACGUGCCGGGCCCGCAGCGCCAAGCCGGCGGCCACCAUCGUCUGGUACCGCGAUGGGCUCCAGCAGGAUGGAGCCAUCACCAGCACGGAGGUGCUGCCCGAUGGCAAGAGGGAGACAACCACGAGCCAAUUGGCCAUCAACCCGACGGACCUGGACAUCGGGAGGGUGUUCUCCUGCCGCAGCACCAACGAAGCCAUCCCGGCGGGCAAGGAGACCUUCGUCAAGCUCAAUGUUCACCACCCCCCGACCGUCACCCUGUCCAUCCAGCCCCAGACGGUGCAGGAGGGCGAGAGGGUCGUGUUCACCUGCAUGGCCACCGCCAACCCCGAGAUCAGAGGCUACAGGUGGGCCAAAGGGGGGGUGAUCAUCGAGGACGCCAAGGAGAACAGGUACGACACGCAGGUGGACUACACCUUCUUCACGGAGCCCGUCUCCUGCGAGGUGCACAAUGACAUCGGCAGCACCAACGUCAGCACAUUGGUGGACGUGCACUUUGCGCCUCGGAUCGUGGUGGACCCCAAACCCACCGUCACGGACAUCGGCUCCGACGUGACGCUGACGUGCGUGUGGUCCGGCAACCCGCCACUCACCCUCACCUGGACCAAGAAGGAGUCCAACAUGGUCCUGAGCAACAGCAACCAGCUGUACCUCAAGUCCGUCACCCAAGCCGAUGCGGGGCAGUACAUCUGCAAAGCCAUCGUGCCCCGCAUCGGCGUUGGCGAGCGCGAGGUCACCCUCUACGUCAACGGACCCCCCAUCAUCUCGAGCGAGGCGGUGCAGUACGCGGUGCGCGGGGACCGUGGCAAGGUGGAAUGCUUCAUCGGGAGCACACCGCCACCGGACCGCAUCGCGUGGGCCUGGAAGGAGAACAUCCUGGAGGCAGGGACGCUGGAGCGGUACACGGUGGAGAGGACCAACACGGGCAGCGGGGUCCUCUCCACCCUCACCAUCAACAACGUCAUGGACGCAGACUUCCAGACCCGCUACAACUGCACGGCCUGGAACAGCUUCGGGCCGGGAACAGCCAUCAUCCAACUGGAGGAGAAAGAGGUUUUGCCCGUGGGCAUCAUUGCCGGGGCCACCAUCGGGGCCAGCAUCCUCGUCAUCAGCUUCCUCGUGGCGCUCGCCUGCUUCCUCUACCGGCGCCGGAAAGGAAGCCGCAAGGACGUCACCCUGCGCAAGUUGGACAUCAAGGUGGAGACGGUGAAUAGGGAGCCCCUGACGCUGCACACGGACCGGGAGGAGGACACGGCCAGCGUGUCCACGGCCACCCGUGUCAUGAAGGCCAUCUACUCGUCAUUCAAGGACGACGUGGACCUGAAGCAGGACCUGCGCUGCGACACCAUCGACACCCGCGAGGAGUACGAGCUCAAGGACCCCACCAACGGCUACUACAACGUGCGCGCUCACGAGGACCGCCCGUCCUCCCGCUCCGUGCUCUACGCCGAUUACCGGGCACCGGGCGCCGGGCGCUUCGACACGCGCCCGCCCUCGCGCCUCUCGCACUCCAGCGGCUACGCUCAGCUCAGCACCUACAGCCGCGGCCCCACCGCCGCCGCUGAAUACACCCCGGAGCCCGCCCCGGCGCCUGGCCCCGCACCGGGCGCUGACACCGCGAGCCAGCUCUCCUAUGAGAACUACGGUGGCCACGCGGCGUUCCCCACCGGUGCUGGGUACCCCACGUACCGGCUGGGCUACGGGCAGCCCCCCAGCAUGGAGCGGGCGCCCUACGACGCCUACGACCCCAUGGGCAAGUACAGCAGCGCCACGCGCUUCUCCUACACCUCCCAGCACUCGGACUACGGGCAGCGCUUCCAGCAGCGGAUGCAGACGCACGUCUGAGGGCGCGCAGGGGAUGGGAGGCACAGGCACAAAAAGGGGGGGGUCCCACAGGUACCUCACGACUGUCCCCUGAUAUUCAGGGGCUCAUCCUGACCCUCCUGCGGCUCCUCCGCCGGUGGCUGGGCUCCAAGCAUCGCCCUGCCCCUGGGGAUGCGCCCUGGGCACUCUGAGCUUCCACUCAAGCCGGUUCUUUCUGUUUGGUACCUUCCCAAUGGAGGGAGAGGGUUGGGGGGCACCAACCCCGCUGAUCCCGCUCCCCCCCCUCCAGCCUCAGUGGGUGCGUGCGGGUCCACGCGGGUCCCCCCCGGAUCCCUUCCAAAGCUCUGUGGGGCUGGAGCCUUCCUCCAUGGGUCCCCUGAUCCAGCUCCUCUGCAGGAGCGAGGGGCUGCACAUCACAUCCCCAUCCAUCCCAUUCCAUCACAUCCCCAUCCAUCCCAUUCCAUCCCAUCCCAUCCAUCCCAUCCCAUCCCAUCCCUGCGAGGGAGCUGCUAUAUGUGUGUGCGCACGUGGCUGUAGGUACAGACAUAUAGGCAACACCAAAAAAAGCCCCAUCCCAGCCCAUUCCCAUUCCCUGUGCCUUGAUUUUGGGGACAGCCCGCACCCAGGGCCAGCUUCCCCUUUCCCAUCCAUCCCACUUCCAGCCCCGCGCUCCCAUCAGGGGUCCUGGGGUGCUGCAGACCCCCAUUGUCUGCACGCUCAGAGCUGGGCAUGGGCAGUGGUUCCAGGUUCUGCCGCGCUGGUGUCACCCCAAACUCACCCCAAGAGCACCCCAUUGGUCCCACUGGUGUGGGGUUGGGGGGGUCCCUCUUCUGAAUGUAUAUAAAGGUGUAAA